GAACUAAGGCUCGGGACUUGGACGAGGGAGGAUGACACCGUGUCCUUCCAUCCCCCAACCGCGUAAACAAGGGCAAGUGGGUCGAGAGCGAGAAAGACGCACCCACUUUCCCUGUGCCGCCUCCUCCGCCACGCCCCUCUCCCUUUCCUCCCACGGCAGCCGAGCCUUCUAAGCGGCGAAGGGCUAAAGGUCGCCCCACACGCACGCGAGAUACCUGGAAAGGGGGAGGGGCUGUGGGAAGAGCCCGCUUGGGGCAGUUAGCCUGCGGAGAAGGGGCGUGGCUUGGCGAGCACGCUCCGGACACGCCCCCCGGAGGGAGGGUUCGAAGUGGUAAAUAAGGGGCCGCACGUGCAGGGCGCGAGGCGAAAGGGUUCGAGCGGAGGAACCAAGCAGACACAUCUACACACUCCAGCCGUUGCUCACGGUCAUCGUUUCGCUGCCGCCGCGGAGCCAUGAAGGCCGCUCGCAUCGCGAUUCGCAGCGCGGCCCCCUUGGCGGUCGGGGAGCGGGCGCCCCGAGAGGUGGAGCAUUUUGCCCGCUACUCUCCGUCGCCGCUGUCCAUCAAGCAGUUCCUGGAUUUCGGGUCAACUAAUGCAUGCGAGAAAACAUCUUUUUCUUUUCUUCGACAUGAACUUCCUGUGAGGCUAGCAAAUAUCCUAAAAGAAAUCGACUUCCUCCCUAGCCGACUGUUAAGCACUCCUUCAGUACAGUUGGUAAAAAGUUGGUAUGUUGAAAGCCUAAUGGAGCUAGUGGAGUUCCAUGACAAAAAAUCAGAUGACCACAAAGUUCUAUCAAAUUUCAUAGAUGCCAUUGUCAAAGUCCGAAAUCGGCACCAUGAUGUAGUGCCCACAAUGGCACAAGGGGUUCUAGAAUAUAGAGAUUCUUCCAAGAUGGACCCAUUCAUCAAUCAAAACAUCCAGUACUUCUUGGAUCGCUUUUACAUGAACCGGAUAUCCAUUCGAAUGUUAAUAAACCAGCACACACUUAUUUUUGAUAACAAUAACAAUGUGGGUAAUCCAAAGCACAUUGGAUGCAUUGACCCUUGCUGUGACGUUGUGGAUUUGGUGCAUGAUGCUUUCCAGAGUGCCCAGAUGCUUUGUGACCAAUACUAUUUCGCUUCUCCAGACUUAAAGCUUACUCAAGUGAAUGGAAAGGCAGCUGGACAGCCUAUCCACAUAGUAUAUGUACCAUCCCACCUCUUUCACAUGCUGUUUGAACUUUUCAAGAAUGCAAUGAGAGCAACAGUUGAACACCAGGAAAACAAACCUUCCCUUGAUCCAGUUGAGGUGACCGUUGUACUUGGAAAGGAAGACCUGUCAAUUAAGAUAUCUGAUAGAGGGGGUGGUGUUCCAGUGAGAAAAAUAGAAAGCCUCUUCAGCUACACAUAUUCUACAGCACCAAAGCCUGUGAUGGAAAAGAAUUCUACUCCUCUGGCUGGUUUUGGUUAUGGCUUACCCAUUUCUCGCCUGUAUGCUAAAUACUUCCAUGGGGACCUCCAUCUGUGUUCCAUCUCUGGUUAUGGAACAGAUGCUCUCAUCUACUUAAAGGCCCUUUCCACAGACUCUGUAGAGAAACUUCCUGUUUUCAACAAGUCGGUUUCAAAGCAUUAUCAAACCACUAUAGAAGCAGAUGAUUGGUGUGUUCCAAGUAAAGAACCAAAGAAUGUGUCAAGGCAGACUGCAGCUGCAUGAAAUCUGCAUUUCUCCAGAACACUGAAAGUGGAUCAAACCAAUGUUUCAGAUAGGACUAAUGAAACGAAUAACUAGAAGUCAUUCUCUUCUAUACCAGGAUUUAGCAAGAGAAGAAAUUAUAUGGAACACAUGAUUACAGCAUAGACUGCAUGUACUGUAUCUGUACUACAGCAUGUCUAAUGAUAACUGAUAUGUUAGGAGAAUCAAAAUGCAUAGAAAUAUGUGCACAUCAUUUCUUUUUAGCUUUUUGAAAUUUAAAUUAGCACUCCCAAGUACUAAUGUUUUCAGACUUCUGAGGUGGGACUUGUUAAUAUUCAAAAAACGUUAUGUUGUGGUUGAACUCCAGUACACAUCAAUUUCCCCCUAAUCCAGUCAGUAGGUAUUUCAUCCUAUUACAAAAUUAUGACUUUAAGUAUAUUUGACAUGCUCAACCGACAAAGUCUAGUUGAAAGAGCACCAACAACAGGCUACCUUGACUGCAGUUGUUUGGCUUGAUCAAGAGUGCAAUGCUGAAAGUUGCAUAUUUCUAAACUUGCUCCAAAUGGUGAACAUUACUUGAAUUUUUAAAUGUAAAAUAGCUGUAUUUAUGUAUAGCGUUUUCAUUGCUUUUCUAAUGCUGAGAUUUUGCUCUUCUUGGAGAAGAAUCUUAAAGUGAUGUCAAGGAAGUGACGGUUAGAUAUUGUGAAGAUAAAAGAUUAUUAGCUGUAUCUUGGUGUAUGGCUCACAGCUCAAUACAGUGAGGGAGCAGCAGUACAAAUAGGGUAUUUUAAUGAUACUUAAAUUGCAAGUCAUUGAGCAGGAUAUGAAGCUGUUUGUGAGAGGGGAGAUGAGUUCUCUAAAUGGUACUGUUACUGUGUAUGUGUGUGCACACCCAACUAUGUUUUCAGGGUGUAAAUUUGAAUCAUGUAUGUUAAUUUGGGGGCCACCUGCUACAGCUCAAUUUGAAAAAAAAUGUGACUUUCAAUGCUGUAAAUGUUAAGAUUACUCUUGAGACAUUUGCAGGGAUGUGAUGAUAAAACAGGUUGUGGAAGAUAUUGUGCCUGUAUCGAAAAUGCGUAAGGAACAGCUGUGAGAAAUACUAUUUCUUUGUGUAACUGCAAAGAACGAGGGUGGCAGAGUGUCUCUUUUUGUGAAGAGAGCAUCGGGAGAAUAUUCCAUUCCAAAUUGUGCUGCUAAAAGGCAGCGAAUUUGAUCAGGGCCCAGCUAGUGACAAUCCAGGUCAGUCUUCUUUUUUUCUUUUUUAAAAAAGCAAUAAUGUGCUAAAGAGCUAAAACUACUUUAUGUUCAAAAUGAUUGCUAUCUGUGGAGAUUUAGUGUCUGCUCAGUUGUGGACAGCAAUGAAGCUCCCACAUUUGCUGAUGUCCAUUUUUGCUGUGGACAUUGGGUUCAGUUGAAUUGGUAAUCCCAGCCAUGUGAGGCUAUUAUGUGCAGUUGGUAACCUGUACCAACAAAAGGCUUAACAGCUAACAUUGCUGGAGCAUUGGAUGUUUUUGUUCCUUCCUAUUGUCAUUGUAGUUCAGUUUUGGGAAAUGCUGAA